UGAAUAAUUCGUACACUAAUAGUUUUAAAAUGAAUUUUUCAACUAUAUCUGCAGAUCAUAACUUUGUGCUGGUGGAGUGUAAAGAAAACACGACGUAUUUCAGAUUAGGAAGAGUUUCUGAAAUCUUCGGGUUGUUCAGACCGAACGAUAGUUAUUAUAACUCGAGCGAAACUAAUAAUUUGAUUCCGUGCGACGUGAUUAUGACAUCAAAUGAUAUAGAGAAGCUGAGAGCAAGGAUGGUCCAACAUAUAGCUUACAACAUGUUGCAUCCACAUUCGCGAGUGAAUAUGUUAACGACUUUCGGACCGCACGAAACGUUAAUUAAUAAGAACUUCUUCAGUCGGAUCAGGUGGUGCGAUUACAGGUCGGCAACGCAGAAUUUACUCUGUGCGGUGUUUUCGCGCGAGACUUUGGCCACCCACACUGUGGCGGGAAGGCAAUCGCCGAAACUCAAGUUGGACGCGAAUAAAAUCGAUGAUAUAAUUUCCAUCGUCACUAAUAAAUGCAAUGUAACCAGGGAACAUGUGUUGCAAGUGAUUACGUACAGAUGCUGGUUCGAAGAUAGGAAACACAAGCAGAGAAAGUCACCAAAAGGUAAAAAAUAAUCAACAACAACAACGACGAAAAACUCUGUAUUUUAUUUAUGAUUGU